CAAAGCGGCGCUUCCUGAGGCAGGUGGGGUUCUUGUCGUAGAGAGAAGGCAGAAGGCUGGAUAGGGCCUAGCUCUGGAAGCCGGCGGAGCGGCAGCUGCAGAAGCAGGCAGCGGCAGAGAGGGAUGGUGCCGGGAGGCGCCGAGGAGGAGGUGCAGUCCGUUCCUCACAGGGUUAGUGAUUGAGGCUCUCUGCCCGGGCCGGCCCGGGGACUGUACGCUGCGGGUCCCAGCAUGAGUGCGGGCCCUGGCUGUGGGCCCUGCACUAAGCGACCCCGCUGGGGCGCCGCUGCAACUUCUCCUCCGGCCGCCUCGGACUCCCGGAGCUUCCCCGGCAGGCAGAGGCGCGUCCUCGAUCCCAAGGACGCUUCCGUGCAAUUCAGGGUUCCACCGUCCUCGUCAGGCUGCGUCUCGGGGCGGGCGGGACCGCACAGAGGCAGCGCCACCUCUCUUGUUUUCAAACAAAAGACCAUUACCAGUUGGAUGGACACUAAAGGAAUUAAGACAGCCAAAUCAGAAAGUUUCCAUAGUAAAGAAAAUAACAACACAAGAGUAGAAUCCAUGAUGAGUUCUGUACAAAAAGAUAAUUUUUAUCAACAUAACAUGGAAAAAUUGGAAAAUGUUUCCCAGCUAAGUCUUAAUAAGACUCCAGUUGAAAAAAACCCACAAUAUUUGAAUCAGCAUCAGACUGCAGCUGUGUGCAAGUGGCAAAAUGAAGGGAAACAUACAGAGCGGCUUUUGGAAAGUGAACUUCCUACAGUAACUCUGGUACCAGAACAGUUCAGUAAUGCUAACAUUGAUCAGUCACCCCAAAAUGACGGUCACAGUGACACAGAUAAUGAGGAAAGUAGGGAUAAUCAGCAAUUUUUGACAUCUGUAAAGCUUGCAAAUGCAAAACAGACCCCAGAAGAUGAACAGGCCAGAAAAGCCAGAAGCCAGCAGAAGGGCAGCCAGUCUUGCCUUCCUGUGGAAGACUGUGUCAGUUGUCAGCAGGAAGAGAUAGAUGUGCCAGAGAGUCCUUUGUCAGACAUAAGCUCUGAGAAUGUUGGUGCUGGACUGAAAAAUGCCAACAAAUUGAGUAGACAAGAAAGUAGCCUAGGAAAUAAUUCUCCAUUUGAGAAGGAAAGUGAACCUGAGUCACCAAUGGAUGUUGAUAAUUCCAAAAAUAGUUGUCAGGACUCAGAAGCAGAUGAAGAGACAAGUCCAGGCUUUGACGGACAAGAAGGUAGUUCCUCCCAAACAACAAGUAAACCAUCAAAGUUCCAAGUAAGAGAAGUUGAGAGUGAAUUGAGGAAAAUGUCCUCUGCUAAGGGAGGUGAAAUUCGGUUACAUUUCCAAUUUGAAGGAGGAGAGAAUGGAGCUGGAAUGAAUGAUUUAAAUACCAAACCACCUGGAAGUACUUCUGGCCUGAAUUUAGAAGGCAGAAAUUCCAAGCAGCAUGGUAAAAAGGAUUCUAAGAUCACAGAUCAUUUCAUGAGAAUGCCCAAAGCAGAGGACAAAAGAAAAGAACCAGGUGAAAUCAAGCAUCAGAGAGCAGAAAGGAAGAUCCCUAAAUACAUUCCACCUCACCUUUCUCCAGAUAAGAAAUGCCUUGGGACUCCCAUUGAAGAAAUGAGAAGAAUGCCUAGGUGUGGGAUCCGGCUUCCUCUCUUGAGACCGUCUGCCAAUCACACAGUAACUGUUCGGGUAGAUCUUUUGCGAGCAGGAGAAGUUCCUAAACCUUUUCCAACACACUUUAAGGAUUUGUGGGACAACAAGCAUGUUAAGAUGCCGUGUUCAGAACAAAACUUGUACCCUGUGGAAGAUGAGAAUGGUGAGCGAAGUGCAGGGAGUAGGUGGGAGCUCAUUCAGACUGCACUUCUCAACAAAUUUACACGACCUCAAAACCUGAAGGAUGCUAUUCUAAAAUACAAUGUGGCAUAUUCUAAGAAAUGGGACUUUACAGCUUUGGUUGAUUUCUGGGAUAAGGUACUUGAAGAAGCAGAAGCUCAACAUUUAUAUCAAUCGAUUUUGCCUGAUAUGGUAAAAAUUGCACUCUGUCUGCCAAAUAUAUGCACCCAGCCAAUACCACUCUUAAAACAGAAGAUGAAUCAUUCCAUCACAAUGUCACAGGAACAGAUUGCCAGUCUUUUAGCUAAUGCUUUCUUCUGCACAUUUCCACGGCGAAAUGCUAAGAUGAAAUCGGAGUAUUCUAGUUACCCAGACAUUAACUUCAAUCGGUUAUUCGAAGGACGCUCAUCAAGGAAACCAGAGAAGCUUAAAACGCUCUUCUGCUACUUCAGAAGAGUCACAGAGAAAAAACCUACUGGGUUGGUGACAUUUACAAGACAGAGUCUUGAAGAUUUUCCAGAGUGGGAAAGAUGUGAAAAACCCCUGACUCGAUUGCAUGUCACUUACGAAGGUACCAUAGAAAGAAAUGGUCAAGGCAUGCUACAGGUGGAUUUUGCAAACCGCUUUGUUGGAGGUGGUGUAACCAGUGCAGGACUUGUGCAAGAAGAAAUCCGCUUUUUAAUCAACCCUGAGUUGAUUGUUUCAAGGCUCUUCACUGAAGUUCUGGACCACAGUGAAUGUCUUAUCAUCACAGGUACUGAGCAGUACAGUGAAUACAUAGGCUAUGCCGAAACGUAUCGUUGGGCCCGGAGCCAUGAAGAUGGAAGUGAAAGGGAUGACUGGCAGCGGCGUGGCACUGAAAUCGUUGCCAUUGAUGCCCUUCACUUCAGACGCUACCUCGACCAGUUUGUGCCUGAGAAAAUCAGACGCGAGCUUAACAAGGCUUACUGUGGGUUUUUCCGUCCUGGAGUUUCUUCAGAGAACCUUUCUGCAGUAGCCACAGGAAACUGGGGCUGUGGUGCCUUUGGGGGUGACGCUAGACUGAAAGCCUUAAUACAGAUACUGGCAGCUGCUGUGGCUGAGCGAGAUGUGGUUUAUUUCACCUUUGGGGACUCAGAAUUGAUGAGAGACAUUUACAGCAUGCAUACUUUCCUUACUGAAAGGAAACUGACUGUUGGAGAAGUAUAUAAGCUGUUGCUACGAUAUUACAAUGAAGAAUGCAGAAACUGUCCCACCCCUGGACCAGACAUCAAGCUUUAUUCAUUCAUCUAUCAUGCUGUUGAGUCCUGUGCAGAGACCACCAACCAGCCAGGACAAAGGACUGGAGCCUGAGGAGCCAAACGGAUAGAACUUCCUUCCAUCUCUCACCAGAAACAUCCUGUUUGAAUUGGCAGGUGUAAUAUAUGAACUGACUUAAUAUAAAUGUAUAAUCCACAUUUGUGGGCAAGGAUGCAAUGUCUUCCACACACAUGCAGUUGUCAGUUUAUGUAUCUAAGCUCCCUCCAUCCUAAUGUACAUAGGCUUAGAUAUAUUUUGUUUCCUUUUUUUCUAUUUCAGUUUUCAUUCUUUAGUUUUUCUUUCUUUUGCCCAUCAGAUAUUUGCCCAUCAGAUAUUUUUGUGAAACCCAUGAAAGGUUGUGCUCAGCCCAUCAGGUCUCUCUUUUGAUGCCAAUUAUUACACAAAUUGCCUCUGCAGCUCCCAGAUACCAGUGCUAUCAGGGAAGAAGUGGAAAUCCAAGAAUCUCUUUAACUGGGUUUAACCUGUGAUCCUUUCAUCCCCAGCUGUUAAUAUGAUUGCAUUAUUUGAGUUCUUGAAUUUUGAAAAUUAAGAAGUUGGGUCUUUUCCAUAUGUGUUACAUGAUGUAAAUCUCCUAGGUUAAAACAAUUUUGUAUUUCAGACAAAAUAAUUCCAGAAGUAAUUGUUUUGAGACAUCAUCUUUAUCUGUAAUGGUUUGUCCUUUUUCCCCUGAUCAGUUUUUAUUGAUACCAGUUUUGGAAACUGACCAAGAUGGAAGAAAAUAUAGAAUAAAAUCCCUAAGUAAAAAAAAAAAAGGCAGAUUCAAGUGAAGUGAGUUGAAGGAUUUUCUGUUUCUUGGGAUUUUUUUUCUUUUUAAAUUAGGAUUCUUGUUUAUUCUCUGGUACUUGAGAUAUAUUCCUAUAACCAAAGUUUAGGAACUAGGAACUUCAUGCUGAUUUAUACAUAUUGAAAUUUCUCUGGUAUUCAAAGGUUAUAUAGUUAAUAAAUUUUCACUAACAAAUCAUUUGUCAGAAAUGCCUAUAUCAUCUAUAUUUUAUAUAUAUAAAUACAUGUUCUUUAAGUGUGUCUGUGCAAGUACAUAAAAUCUAAAUAAAACAAGCUGUGGAAAAUGA